CCACAGAAGAAGAAAAUCAACAACUACAGUACUAGAAAAAGAGAAAGACGGACUGUCUAGAUUUUUUUCUGAGGUCUUCUGAUAAGCUCCUUUGACUCUAUUGGACUCUACUGGACUCUACCAGGCUCUGCUGGACUCUACCGGACUCUAGUGCAGCUUGUGGCCCGUCUAAACUGGUCUCUCUGGUCUUUCUUGGUCUGAUGCCGGGGUUUCAGAUCUCAGGCUCGGAGGAGGAAGUGCUGGUCCCCACACAGAGGGUCUUGGUCACUGGGGCGACAGGUCUGCUGGGUCGGGCGGUCUGCAGAGAGUUCCAGAGCAGCGGCUGGUCAGUCAUUGGGACAGGUUUCAGGAGAGCCAGGCCCCGCCUUCUUCGAUGUGAUCUCACAGAUGAGGAUGCUGUCAGAGGUCUACUGCAAGAGUACACACCUGAUGUGAUCGUCCACUGUGCAGCUGAGAGACGUCCUGAUGUUGUGGAGAGACACACAGAAGCAGCUGUUAACCUUAACGUGCACGCCACAAGCAUGCUCGCCAAAGAGGCUGCUGCAUGUGGAGCAUUUUUAAUCUACAUCAGCAGUGACUACGUGUUCGAUGGCAGGAACCCGCCGUACGGUGAAGACGACAGUCCAAAUCCUCUCAACGUUUAUGGACGCAGUAAACUGGAGGGGGAGAGAGAGACACUCAGACACUGUCCAGGUGCAGUGGUACUGCGGGUCCCCGUCCUGUUCGGGGAGGUGGAGUCAGUGAUGGAGAGCGCUGUGACAUCACUGUGGACAAAGGUUGAGACGACAGAGAGUUGUACCCUCGAUCACUGCCAACAGCGGUUUCCAACGGACACACGAGAUGUUGCUACUGUUUGUAGGCAGCUUUCUGAGAGAGCAAGAGAGGAUCCAUCUAUCAGAGGUGUGUUUCAUUUCUCAGCUAAAGAGCAGAUGACUAAGUAUGAGAUGGCGGUCUCCAUCGCUCAGGCGUUUAACCUCCCAUCACACCACCUCAUACCUCUAACAGAGCAGCCGGCAGCAGCAGCUGCUCUUCGUCCAAUGAACAGUCAGCUGAACUGUUCUCGUCUGGAGCUGCUUGGCCUCAGUGUCACACCACGACCUUUCACCUCUGCCAUCACCGACGCCCUGUGGCCGUUUACACCCGACAAACGCUGGAGACAAACAGUCUUCCACUGAGUGAUGGACCUAAAGACUGACCCAAAUACAACAAGACCAUGUUCCAUUGACAGACUGAUGGGUAGACUGACCUAGAUACUGACCUACAGACGACCAUGUUCCAUAGAAAGACUGACAGGAAGACUGACCUAGAUACUGACCUACAGACGACCAUGUUCCAUAGAAAGACUAACGGGAAGACUGACCUAGAUACUGACCUACAGACGACCAUGUUCCAUAGAAAGACUGACGGGAAGACUGACAUAGAUACUGACCUACAGACGACCAUGUUCCAUAGAAAGACUGACGGGAAGACUGACAUAGAUACUGACCUACAGACGACCAUGUUCCAUAGAAAGACUGACAGGAAGACUGACCUAGAUACUGACCUACAGACGACCAUGUUCCAUAGAAAGACUGACGGGUAGACUGACCUAGAUACUGACCUACAGACGACAAUGUUCCAUAGAAAGACUGACGGGUAGACUGACCUAGAUACUGACCUACAGACGACAAUGUUCCAUAGAAAGACUGACGGGUAGACUGACAUAGAUACUGACCUACAGACGACCAUGUUCCAUAGAAAGACUGACGGGUAGACUGACCUAGAUACUGACCUACAGACGACAAUGUUCCAUAGAAAGACUGACGGGUAGACUGACAUAGAUACUGACCUACAGACGAUCAUGUUCCAUAGAAAGACUAACGGGAAGACUGACCUAGAUACUGACCUACAGACGACCAUGUUCCAUAGAAAGACUGACAGGAAGACUGACAUAGAUACUGACCUACAGACGACCAUGUUCCAUAGAAAGACUGACGGGUAGACUGACCUAGAUACUGACCUACAGACGACCAUGUUCCAUAGAAAGACUGACGGGUAGACUGACCUAGAAACUGACCUACAGACGACCAUGUUCCAUAGAAAGACUGACGGGUAGACUGACCUAGAUACUGACCUACAGACGAUCAUGUUCCAUAAAGAGAGACUGACGGGUAGACUGACAUACAGACAGUCAACCAUGUUCCAUAGACAGACAGACGGGCGGGUAGACAGAACUACAGACUUUGUUUACUUUACAGUUUCCUGAAUGUCCUAUGUACUGAUCAGAAAAUCCUCCAAAUAGUACACUGGAGUUGUUGACAAAAUCAAAUAAUUCCCUUUUAUUGUUUGUUCAUUUAAUAAUUUGUGUUUGUGAAUUAUGUUGUCAUUUAAAUACAAACUUUAAUUAUGUUUGCACUAAUGGUUUUGAGUUUUUAGUUCCACCACAGUCAGUUUUUAAAUUUCAGUAUUCAGAUUCUGUAGAAAUCAAACUUGAACACAGAGGCAGGUAAUUAGUGAGUACAAUAUGUCAAACACUUAAAUAAAAUAUUUGGACACAUUGUGAUGUUUCAUGUCUUUAAAUGGAGGUUAUUGGAGGAAAUUAAACUACUGUAAAUGAA